AUGGCCAAACCAACCCUCACCCUCCUCUCAGAUCUAACUCCGCCAUCUCUGGAGCGAACAUGGCUCACAGCACCCCACCCCACCUUACCUAUCGUCGCAACCUGCAGCUCCGACAAGACGGUCCGCGUAUACUCACUGCAAAACUUCAAACUCCUUUCCACCAUUACCGGCGGCCAUAAGCGCAGUGUUCGAACUUGUGCCUGGAAACCUCAUAUCCAAGGCGAGAGCGUGCUAGCUACUGGUAGCUUUGAUGCGACUGUUGGAAUCUGGAGACGAUGGGAUAGCUACGGACGUAGCGAGAAUUCCGAGGGAUGGGGAGUUGGAGAAAACGGAGAGUCCAAUGCGAAUGCAGAGACAACCGAAGAUGGAGAGGAAGAAGAGUGGCGAUUCGCAGUUCUACUAGAUGGACACGACAGCGAAGUGAAAUCAGUUUCGUGGUCACCAUCUGGAAUGUUACUAGCGACUUGUGCACGCGAUAAGUCUAUUUGGAUCUGGGAAGAUCUGGAUGAUGGCGAUAACAACUUUGAGACUGUUGCGGUAUUGCAAGAGCAUGGUGGAGAUGUGAAAAGUGUAGCGUGGCACCCAGUUGAAGAGUGUCUCGCUAGUGGUGGAUACGACGAUACAAUUCGACUUUGGCGGGAAGAUCUAGACGAUUGGGGCCAAGUCGCAUGUAUAAAGAAGCAUGAAGGGACGGUUUGGUUUGUUGAUUGGGAGGGAACGGAAUCCGCGCCUAAGAUCUUGCCAGCUGAGGGUGUCGAUGUCGAGGGUUUAAGAAAUCAAUGGCGGGACCAGCAUGCGCUUUCUGGACCUAGAUUGGUUUCUUGCUCGGAUGAUCGCACUGUUCGGAUCUGGAGACGUCUUCCUAAGCAGAUGAUGCAACCUGGUGAGAUGUCUUCGGCUACUACUGGUAUCCCGAGUAUUAUUCGACCUUCGGGUGGGGAUGAGACAUGGGAUGAAGAUGCGACACUGCCCCAUGCGCAUGAGUUGCCGGUAUAUGCUGUUGCUUGGAGUCGUCGCACUGGUCUUCUAGCAUCUGUUGGUGCGGAUGGACGAAUUGUCGUUUACGAGGAACGGGUUGUUCGCUCGACUGACUCGGAUGCCAUGGAGACUGAGUCUGCGGAGGGUAAGACUCUACUGCAAACAGAGUGGGCAAUUCUUGCGGUGGUGGACGGUGCACAUGGUAUAUAUGAGAUUAACCACGCUGCCUGGGCUAAGCGAGCAGACCGUGGAUCUGACGGAGAUGAGGAGGUAUUGGUUACAACCGCAGAUGAUGGCAGCGUUAAGGUGUGGACACUGCACGGAUGA